AUGCCUUAUCAACAAGACUCACCAAGCCCCUCAAUGCAUUGGAACGUUAUGGGCUCAGCUGUGUCCUCGCGGGGUGCUACCCUCGUCUUCAUACUCUUCACGUAUCUCCUUAUCGUCCGGGCCUUGCGUUACCGGCGUAUGAAGAAGCUAGAGCAUUCUUUCGGCUACGGCACUAGGAAACCAUUAGGCGAGAUGACCUUGGACGAUGCUGCGGCAAUACUCCUCGAACUUUCUGAGAUGGAGUUUCCCUUCAGCUUCCUCAAUUCUACCCAGUUUGCGUUGUUCAGGACUUAUGGCAUCCCCACAGUAUCCAGUCUUCUUGUCUCCACCAAUCAGAUCACGUCACCUGAGACGGUGUCAAAACGCUUGGUUGACACCGGUGUGCUCAUGUUUGAGAUUUGGGGCAGAGCGCCUACGUCAACGCGAUGGCUCGAGUCGGUAGCGCGCAUGAACUACAUCCACGGCAUGUAUCAGAAGGCUGGUAAGAUCUCAAACGACGAUAUGCUCCACUCGCUCAGUUUCUUUGCCGGCGAACCCUUCAAAUGGAUUUCUAGAUAUGAGUGGAGGAAUCUCUCCGAUAUGGAAGUAGCAGCCCUGGGAACUUCUGGAAGGGUUUGGGCGAGGCGAUGUCGAUUGACUUCAGCUGUCUACCAGGCCACCGAGAAGGCUGGAAAGAUGGAAGUCACUGGCUUGAAGAGACUUUGGCUUGGGCCCAAGAAAAAGCCGUCACCCGUAUUCUUCACUUUCACGGAGACAGCGCUGGCUUUCAGGAGGCUCUUUCUCCGGCACUUGGCAUUGCCACGGCCGGAGAUGUGGAGGUCGCGCUACUUGGAAGACGAAGCCAAUGAGUUCGGACGCUUCAACCUUAAAAUGUAUGGUGGACUGCCAAUAUACGUGAAACCGACAUUUGCCUGGCGGUGGAACAUACAGGCAUGGCUCUUUUGGGCCCUCGGCAAACCGAUCCCGGGCGAUGGAGGGAACAAGUAUAUUCCCCAAGGCUAUAAUAUUCAUGAGGUUGGGCCGAGAAGUAUGGCUGGCAAGGGGCUGAACGCAGCUGCCGACCUCCGCGAAAAGAUGCUACAACGCGGAAGAUGCCCAUUUCGUGCGUAG